UUGCCGGAAGAGAAGCGGCCCCGAGCUGCUGGGCUCGGCUGCUGGCUGGCUGGCUGGACUCGGCGGCGCCGUGGCUCCAGGACGAUGCUGCCCAGCACGUCGGUGAACCCGUUGGUGCAUGGCAAUGGGGCGCUGAGCUCCCGGGAUGCGGCGCGCCACACGGCUGGCGCCAAGCGCUACAAGUACCUGCGCAGGCUCUUCCGUUUCCGUCAGAUGGACUUCGAGUUCGCCGCCUGGCAGAUGCUCUACCUGUUCACGUCCCCCCAGCGAGUGUACCGGAAUUUCCACUAUCGCAAGCAGACGAAAGACCAGUGGGCCCGGGACGACCCCGCCUUCCUGGUGCUGCUUAGUGUCUGGCUCUGUGUGUCCACCAUAGGAUUUGGCUUUGUGCUCGACAUGGGAUUUUUUGAGACCAUCAAGCUGCUCCUUUGGGUUGUGUUCAUAGACUGUGUGGGCGUUGGCCUGCUCAUAGCAACUCUGAUGUGGUUUAUCUCCAAUAAAUACUUGGUGAAGCGGCAAAGCAGAGACUCCGACGUGGAAUGGGGCUACGCCUUUGAUGUGCACCUGAAUGCAUUUUACCCCCUCCUUGUCAUUCUGCAUUUUAUCCAGCUGUUUUUUAUCAACCAUGUUAUCCUAACAGACACGUUUAUUGGCUAUUUAGUUGGAAAUACCUUAUGGUUGAUUGCAGUUGGCUAUUAUAUCUACGUAACCUUCCUGGGAUACAGUGCAUUGCCAUUUUUGAAAGACACGGUUAUUCUUCUCUACCCAUUUGCACCUCUCCUCCUGCUGUAUGGACUGUCCUUGGCCCUAGGCUGGAACUUUACCCACAUGCUUUGCUCCUUCUACAAGUACAGGGUGAAGUGAAGAGAGAGAAGAUAUCUCAACUGUGCUGCCAGUAUUGGCCAAACAACAGUUUUCUAGAAAACUUGUAAAUAAAUCACUGUAGAUGUCUUAAAAGUAUAAAGAUUGCAAAUCUGUGUAAGUAUAUGUAAAGACUACUGUCAAGUGCAUUCCUUAAAACUAAUUAAAUGUACAUCUCCAUAAUAAAUAUUUUUUUAAACUAAA